AGAACUUCAACAGAAUGGAGAUAUGGAUAUACUGAAACAUAAGUGGUGGCCAAAGAAUGGCCAGUGUGAUCUGUACUCUUCUGUGGACACUAAACAGAAAGGCAGUGCCCUGGACAUAAAGAGCUUUGCAGGAGUCUUCUGCAUUCUGGCAGCAGGGAUUGUCCUCUCCUGCUUCAUAGCAAUGCUGGAGACUUGGUGGAACAAGAGGAAAGGCUCCCGGGUCCCUUCAAAAGAGGAUGACAAGGAAAUUGACCUGGAACACCUCCACAGACGUGUCAAUAGCUUGUGCACAGAUGAUGACAGUCCCCAUAAACAGUUUUCCACCUCAUCAAUUGAUUUGACCCCUCUGGACAUUGAUACAUUGCCAACUCGCCAAGCACUGGAACAAAUCAGCGAUUUCAGGAACACUCAUAUUACCACAACAACCUUUAUCCCAGAGCAAAUCCAGACUCUUAGCCGUACACUGUCAGCUAAGGCUGCUUCGGGUUUCUCAUUUGGCAACGUGCCUGACCACCGAACUGGGCCUUUCAGGCACAGGGCACCUAAUGGGGGCUUUUUCAGAAGUCCCAUUAAAACAAUGUCAUCAAUCCCCUAUCAACCAACUCCUACUCUUGGGCUUAAUCUUGGUAAUGACCCAGACCGAGGUACCUCCAUAUGACC